AUGCCGACCAUCAACGUCGACAAGUACGCUCUUUUCGAGGAGCUAGGUGAACAGUUCACCGAGGACAGCUUCCAAAAACUAUGCUUCGAUUUCGGCAUUGAACUUGACGGGGAUACCGAAAAUGACCCGUCACGCCCCAAGGAUCAGGUCCCCGAGCUGGCCAUCGAGAUCCCCGCCAACCGAUACGACAUGCUGUGCUUCGAGGGCAUUGCGCUACACCUGAACAUUUUUAGGGGCAAGCAGCCAACACCAAAUUGGAGGCUCGCUGAUAUCCCGGAGGACAAGCUGCAGACCCUCACCAUCUCGGACAGCACGGCGCAGGUCCGCCCGUACGCGGCUGCUGCUAUUCUUCGGAACAUCAAGUUCACGCAAGCGUCCUACGACUCCUUCAUCAGCCUUCAGGACAAGCUGCAUCAAAACCUGGCGAGACAGCGUACCCUGGUCGCCAUUGGUACGCACGACCUCGAUACCAUGAAGGGCCCGUUCACCUUUGAGGGGUUGCCACCAAAAGACAUCAACUUUGUCCCCCUGAACCAGACCACGGAGAUCAACGGCACGGAAUUGAUGGAGUUCUACGAGGCGGACAGGCAUCUGGGCAAAUACCUCCACAUUAUCCGCGACAAGCCGGUAUACCCCGUGAUUCUCGACGCCGACCGGAAUGUGUGCUCGUUGCCGCCUAUCAUUAACAGCGAACGAACCAAGAUCUCGCUUGGGACGCAGAAUGUCUUCAUCGAGAUGACGGCGACGGAUCAGACGAAGCUCGAUAUUGUCUGCAACAUUAUGGUGACAAUGUUCUCCAAGUACUGUGCCGAGCCCUUCGUGAUCGAGCCAGUCAAGAUUAUUUCUGAACACAACAACGUUUCUCGCCUAACGCCGAGCUUGACGACCCGGAUGAUGGAAGUGGAGGUCGACUACCUGAACCAGCUUUGUGGCCUCACGGAAUCGGUUGAGUCGAUAGGCAAGCUUCUGACCAAGAUGGCGUAUACCACGGAGCCGUCAACAGACCCGAAGAAGGUUAAGGUGUUUGUUCCGCCAACAAGAGCGGAUGUGCUACACCCUUGCGAUGUGAUGGAAGAUGUCGCCAUUGGCUACGGCUUCAACGACCUGCCCCGGUCUUCCCCAAACAGGUCCGUAACAGUCGGUAAGCCGCUGAUGAUCAACAAACUCAGCGAUAUUGUGCGCCACGAAUCCGCCAUGGCUGGCUGGGCCGAAGUCAUGCCCCUCAUCCUCUGCUCACACGAAGAGAACUUUGAAUGGCUCAACCGCAAGGAUGACGGGAAAACGGCAGUCCGCUUGGCAAACCCAAAGACAGUCGAGUACCAAAUCGCGCGGACAUCACUCCUCCCCGGGUUGCUCAAGACCCUCAGCGAGAACAAGGCGCUACGCCUGCCACUCCAGAUCUUCGAGUCCUCGGACGUCGUCUUCAAGGAUGAGUCGGUCGAGCGCCGGGCGCGGAACGAGCGUCGUUGGGCAGCGGCAUACUACGGCAAGACGAGCGGUUUCGAGAUCGUACAUGGCCUAUUGGACCGCGUCAUGACGAUGCUACGGGUCGCCUUUGUCACGCAUGAGGAAGGACUCGAGGGAAAGAGCAUCGACUUCAAGGUCUCGGAGAACCCGAGCGAGAAGGACGGGUACUUCAUCAAGGAGAUUGAUGAGCCUACUUUCUUCAACGGGCGCGCCGCGGCCAUCUGGGUGCGGCUUGGCGGGAAGCUGCAGCGGAUUGGCGAACUGGGUGUGUUGCACCCGACGGUGCUCGACAAGUUUGAUCUGAGGUACCCGGUGAGCACGUUGGAAAUUAACCUUGAAGUCUUCCUCUGA